AUGACCAGUAAUUGGAUUUUUUCUUAUUCAGCAAGUCGUACUUACAACAUCAGAAACAAAGAUUACCAAAUUUUACGUUCAGGCGGAAUUCAAAUAUAUUAUAAAAUUGAUGGAGGCAGUGAUAGUUCUCUUAGUUCAAGACCAAAUGGUGUUUGGACCAUUGGUGAGUUUGAGUUUAAGUUACUUUACGAAAACGUUGAAAGCAGUGACUAUAUCAACAUCAUAUAUGAUGUCACAAACAAAGGAACUAGAUCUCACUCACUUGGUAUUUCAACUUAUGCAGGACUUUGGAUUGAUAACCAAGAAUUUAACACUGUCAUUAAUCCACUUGAAGGAAAUCUCGGAUUUGAAGGAAUCUACAAUGAUCAUUCAGCGAAAUUCAUCCUUCGAGGAACAGAAAGAGUCACUGAUGUAGAUACAAUUUUUUAUAGAAAAACUAAUGAUGCCAGUGAUUGGGCUACUAAGAAUUUAUGGAAAAAUCGAAGUAGUUAUGAUACUAAACCAGCUGGAACUGAUUCAUCCUUUGCAUUUAGUUGGCAAAACAGAAAUUUUGAACCAAAAGAAGAGAAAAACUUUUCAUUUUUGAUUGGAAGAGAAUUCAUCGACAGCUACAAAAUAACACUGAAAACCCUAGCCAUAGAUUUCUAUCCUCUUUUAUCAGAAGUGUUUGCAAUCUCAAUUUUGAACUUUUUUGAAAAAUAA